UAAAUGUGUAUUGCAUUCUUUUCAUAGAUUUUCAACAAAUAUCAAUGCGACCUAUCAGAAAAGCAAAGCAAAGAGCAAUUGAUGAAUAUUCAGUGCAUAAGAGAAGAAGAUUGCGUCAUGAAGAUACAACUCCACAAACCUGCAGCAUUUGUUUGGAUUUGGUUUCAAUUCGAGGCGUUUUAAGUCUCUGUGAUCAUUGGUAUUGUUUUGCAUGUAUUUAUGAGUGGUCCAAGAAUACCAACACAUGUCCAUUAUGUAAAGCUAAAUUUCGCUGUAUCACUAAAAUUCAUGUAAAUCAGAUUGGGUCACCACCACAAAAAUUCAGAAUAAAGGAUAAGGACUUGAGUAAUGUAAUGUACUAUGAAGAUGAUUUCGAGGUAGCAAUGGGUUUAGCUGAUGAAAGCGAAGAAAGCGAAAGUGAAGAGGAUCACAAUGACGCUGAUCUAACGUUUUUACCAGAAGUUGAAACAAGGUUUGUGUCAAGUCGACCAACAUCCUCUCGUUUGCGUCCCUUACAUGUAGCCAAUCAGUAUGCUGGUAGGUUGAGACAGCAUUCAAUCGGACGAACCAGCAAUAAUUUAUUAAUGACGUCAGACGAUGAAGAAGGUAGUCUAACAGCACCAGAUCCAUUAAAUGAUGAAACAGAGUCAUUGUCAGAACUUGUUGAAACAGAACAUGUUGGUGUACAAAGAAAUGAAGAGUCAUUUUCCAGUAACACAGAACAAUUUAUGUCACAAGAAGGGAAUGGAAAUGAGAUACCAGUACAACGAAAAAGAAAAAGGCGAAAAUGUAUUACUUUCCAACCAAAACGUCACAGUUCGAAAUUCAAGCAUCCCAUUGCAAAUGAUUUAGGGUGGAUAGACAUGAGCCGCAAGUCAUCAAGCUCCCGUGAUAGCGUCAGUUCGCCUUCAGUAGUUAGCAGUAACAUGUCAACCAGGAGUAACUCCCCUGAUUUCGCAGCAAUACAGACAAGAUCGUCUCUGCCACGGUUAGCAAAAAAUCGAAAUCAACGACGUAAAUCUGAACGGUUAAGUUCUCUUGAAAAUUCAAAAGAAAAAUGUGAGAGAAAGAAAUAUAGUUUAUCAGAUUCUGAAGAUGACGAUGAUCUUGGUGGGUACACGACAAGCACAAUUCGUCAUAAAAACACAAUGCCGUCUUUUGUUAGCGACUUUAAUGAUUCCGCCGUUAAAAUUACACGGCGUCGACGUAGGGCAAGACGUUUGUCGUCCGACAGUGAAGGCUUCACUGCGGAAGGGGAAAAUGAAGUUGUCGAUGAAUUGACCACCGUUAAAAGGACCGGAUCCAAUAAGAGUACCGAAAAUUUAAGCAGGAACCAUACACUAAAUUUGUCGAUUGAAGAUGAAGGCGUAGACUUUUUCUCUUCUCUGUUUUCUCCUUCGACCGCUUUGACUACACAAUCACAUAACGUUAAAGUGAGCGCUAGUACGUCAUGUAAGACACCACAUUGUGUUACUGGGACAGGUACAUUUAAUUCUCCCGACACGUCUUUGUCAUCUCUAACAGAUACUGUUUCGCCUUGUAUAUUCUCACGUGACUUUUGUGUAAACUUAAAACCGAGCAAUCAUAUUCACAGAGACCAUAAACAAACAACGCCGCAACGUACCAAAAAUUGUGUUUCGCCUGUAGUGAGUAACAGGUUUUUAAGAGCAAGUAUAACACCGAACAGAAGCAAGCUAGAUAUUUCUAUGUCACGUAAUCCUAGUGUAAUUGAAACCACACCAGAAAAAACGAAUUUAAAAAGAAAAAGAUGGCAUUUUAGGCGUUAACAAAGUGCGAAGCGAAAAGAUAGUAAUUCGAAUGUUUGGAAGGUGAGAACGAAAAAGUCGGUAUUUUGAUGUUGUCGAAGUUUAAACGAAAAAGAUGGUAUCCUUAACGUUAACGAAAUGCGGAACAAAAAAGAUGGUGUCGUAGAUCUUAGCUACAUACCUUCUCGUUUGCUUUAUUGGCGCUGCGUUUUGAAAAUGUAGAUUGAUAGUUAAAAUUAUAUAAUUUUAAUUCACUGUUUUUGAAUGUGUAUAUAAUAAUUUCUUCGCGGGCCAACAGGCACCUUUUUCAAGCGCGCGCAACAGAAAAAAAUUAUAUAAAUAAAAAUAAAAUGUAAAUUGAUAACAUUUGCUACAAUUAAACCCGUAAGAUAAUCAGUUUUGCUUGCAGUCACUAGAUUACAGGAUUCUAUAAACAUUCGCAUUACGAUGUUUUUACGAAUCAUACAAAAGUCUUUCCAAAUUUCCCUCGAUAUAUAUCAUGUGCAGAAAGCUUUUUGAAUUAUUAAUUGCUUUGUUAAAUUUUUUGCAUUUGAGUUUUUCGACGUGCCGUAGUUGGAGCUGAAUAAUUUUAUUUUGGGUCUUUUAAUUAUAUAAAAAAAUAAUCAGAAAAUACUUUGUACAGCUAUAUUUAAAAAUAUUUUUUUGAUCA